AUGUUGUUUAAAAUUUUUAAAAAUUUAGAAGAUCCGAUUUAUCCUUUACUCGGUCCAAACUUAUGGGGUUUACGGAAUUCGGGUUUGUGGCAACCAAAUAAAGGAUUUUCUAAAAUUAUCUAUAACAUACUUCAUUUUUUCGUUGCCGUCUUUGUAUUGACUCAAUAUAUUGAACUUUGGCUUAUAAGAUCGAAUCUUGACAUGGCAUUAAGAAAUCUUUCUUAUAGUAUUAUAAUUACGAUAUGUGUCGUAAAAGCUGGAACUUUUAUUUCAUGGCAGAAGUAUUGGAAGGAGGUGUUUGAAAAUGUUACUCUGAUAGAAAAAAAACAACAGGGAAAACAUGACGAUGAAACGAAAAAGAUAAUUGCUAAAUAUACUGAAUAUUCCAGAAUCGUUACUUACCUUUAUUGGUGCCUUGUCAUUGCUACAAUCUUUGCCAUAGUAUUAGCUCCAUUGGUUAUUUAUUUAUCGUCACAUAAACUGAGAGAGGAAAUCAGAAAUGGUACAGCUGCGUACCCUGAUAUUUUGAGUUCUUGGGCACCAUUUGACAAAACAAGAGGUUUUGGAUAUUGGGUCCUAUUUGGAGUACACACAUUUAUAUGUUCUUUUGGUGGUGGUAUAGUCGCCAAUUAUGACACUAGCGCUGUUGUCUUGAUGACAUUUUUUGCUGGACAAUUUGAGGUUCUAAAAAGUAACUGUGAAAAACUAUUUGGAAACGGUCAAGAGUAUAUUAACUAUGACGAGGUAAUCAGAAGAAUUCGUGAUUGCCAUGAACACCACGUACAACUUAUAAAGUAUUCGAAAAUCUUAAAUUCGCUUUUGUCACCAGUACUAUUUUUAUACAUUAUUAGUUCUUCGCUGAUGAUCUGCUCCAGUGCCAUACAACUAACCAAGGAAGGCACCAUUGGUAUGCAACAAGUAUGGAUAGCGGAAUAUCUACUAGCUCUAACGUUUCAGCUUUUCUUGUAUUGCUGGCAUAGCACUAAUGUUUUAUCAAUGAGUUUGAAAGUCGACGAGGGUGUAUACUCAAGCGCUUGGUGGUCUCAAGACGUUCGCGUACGACGAUGCGUUGUAUUACUCGCUGGGCAAUUGAAUAGAAGGGUUGUUUUUACAGCUGGCCCUUUUACAGAGCUUUCUGUUGCUACUUUUAUUACGAUGUUGAAAGGAUCAUACAGUUACUACACGCUUCUUAGUAAAAAAUAA